UUGAUGAGGUACACCAAGAAGAAUGUGAGCUGCCCAGCAGCUUAGCCGAUUAAGGGUUGCCCCAAUGAGGUGAUCACUAUGUAGAUGCGCAUGUUGUACCACUUGCAUCAUAUUGACAGUAAAGUAUGAACAGCAAGAUCUAAUGAAAUUGGAGGAUUCUUGGAGAUUUCUUCCCUCCGCAUGUUUCAUGCAUUACCCUUGUACAGUUAGUCUUAGGCGCAUAAAAAACCCACACCCUCGAAGCUUUUGCCUUGUCUUGCCUUGCUCAGCUCUUUUUGCAAGUAUCUAGUUCUAGAUCUCUUCAAACUUCUACUAGUCCACAUUCUACCAUGCAGCUGCUCCAGCUUGAUGGCUUUCAUCAUCUGUUACAGAAGCAUAUGGGAUUCUUAGAUCUCGAUCGAAAUAUAAAGAGCGCUCCUCUGAUUCAAACUUUGUCGGAGGAUCUUGGCGGAAGAGAGGAGGUAGAAGCUUGGAUGCGAGAGUACAUUGCUGGGAUCUUCAUUCACUACCGCCACCACCGCCCCUUAGGAGGCUACUUCUUCUUCUCACGGAUCCAGACCACCUUGUUCCAAUCUCCAGUGAUUCGCAAGGUUCACAACGAUUCUGCUCUCGCUAUCAAAGGCAGAGAAGUCGCCGGGGAUCUAAGCGGGACGUGCCUGUUUCUAGUUGGGAUGAUGGGCUGCGGCAAAAGUACCGUCGCCAAGGAUAUCUCAGAGGCGCUCAGCUAUGAGUUUCAAGACAGUGACAAGCUUGUCGAGAAGGCCGUCGGCGCUACAGUCGCAAAGAUCUUCAGCGAUUCCAGCGAGGAGAAAUUCCGAGCAGCGGAGAGUGAAGCGCUUAAUCAAUUGUCCGAGACCUCCAACGUUGUGGUGGCCACGGGCGGUGGCGCGGUUGUAAGAGACGAGAACUGGAGGUAUUUGAAGCAAGGGAUCACCAUUUAUUUGGACGUUCCCGUGGAAGCUCUGGCACAACGCGUGGUGGCCGCUGGAUUGGAAAAGCGGCCACUUUUAGUAGCAUCAGGGCCGGACAAUUCGCCAGGCAACGCUCACGAACAGGCUUUGGCUCGUCUAUCAAAGGUGUACGAAGAGAGGAACAAGGCCUACGAGAGGGCUGAUCUUAAGAUCAGCGUGGCAAAAAUUGCGAGUGAGCUAGGUAGAGACUUGAACGAGCUGCCCCCAUCGAUGAUUGCUCUCAAGGUGUUAGAAGAAACGCAAAGGCUCAUUAAUCGCCAUUGAAGAGCACCCAUCAAAUUAUUCUUGGCAUAUCCAAUAAUGGCCGUUGCAUUUUUGCAAUAAUGGCCGUUAGAUGUGAGAGAUCCAGCGGUUGAGAUUAAGUGAGA